AUGAAAUGGGUGGAGAAGUUGUUCUAUAGAAUCCCGAUUUUUGUGGUAUGCGAUGAUGUCAAGUAUGAUUCAUUCGUCAUUAGCAGUGACGAAGAUUUUCAGGUGUUGUUCCAUUGUCGCCGUCAGUUUCCCAAGGUGAGGACUUCAGAGCUGUUGGUGAAGAUUGUGGAUAUAGUAUCUAGUUCCGGAGGCUCGAAUAGGAAUCCGCACUCCACAAGGCAUCCAAUCUGCUCUAGUUCCAUGCCUAUUGGUUCCUCGUUAGUUGCGUCAGUGAUUGCACCUGAGCCAGAUUUAGUAGCUUCACCGUCCUUUGUAGUUAAUCUGAACUGUAGUGGUGAUGCAGUAGUUGGUGAGGCUGGACCGUUGGGGGAGGUUGGAGUACCCGAUGGGGUUGAUGAUGCAUUUCAUGAUGAUGAUGAUGAUGAUGUGGAGCCUGCAACGAUAGCUGAUGAUAGUGACGAUGAGACACCACGGACGACUCCAGCUGUGGGUGGGGGAGCAUCUAGUUCAGGCACUAAUCAGUACCCCCCGCACUUCUCUGCUCUGGACUUGGAUGCCAUGGCACCUCAGGGGGAUCCGAGUGUACCUGUUGGCUUCGGGGCAAGAGACACACAAAAUGCAAGAGUUGUAUCUGAAUUUCAGAUCAGUCAGCAGUAUCAGGAUAAAGAGGAAGUCGUGUUUAGCAUGAAGACCUAUAGCAUUCGCCGUGGAGUUGAGUACAAGGUAUUAGAAUCCGAUCAUCGCAAGUACUAUGACAAGUGUAAGGAGUUCAACACCACAUUGAUAUCUAGUGAUCACAGAAAGCUUAAUUAUCAUGUCAUAUCGGUCUUCAUACUGUCCAUGAUUAGAGUCGAUGCUGCCACGGUGAUCAAGAUCACUAUGCCAGGUAGUGUAGUUGUGUUGAAGACGAGUCCUGUUCGAGUUGGUCGGCAAGUGGAUGACUCUGCAGCUUAUUUCCAUCGUUUGUUCAGGACAUUCCCACCAUGUGUUGAGGACGGAAACUCCAACAUCAUUCCUAUUGCAUUUGCACUUGUGGAAGGUGAGAAUGCAAAGUCGUGGUCAUUCUUUCUAUCUCACCUUUGGAUGCAUGUGACACAUCAACCGGGUAUAUUAGUUAUAUCAGAUAGGCACAAUGAGAUAAAGGCUGCAUUGGAAGUUCCUGAUGGCGGGUGGCUUUCGCCUACUGCAUAUAGGGCGUUCUGCAUCCAUCACGUGGCUGCUAAUUUUGCCCUGACUUUCAAGGGAAAGGAUGCAAGGAGGCUAUUAGUGAAUGCUGCGUAUGUGAAGAGCGAGAUCGAGUUUCAUUACUGGUUUGACAUCCUCCGAGCCUUUGAUCCUGUUAUGUUCGACUGGGCUAAUUGA